AUGGGUGACAUAACACAGAAAGAAAGAGGAGUGCUUGAGGAGUCAUUUCUGUUGUAUGACACUAUUGGCGACAGUAAGAUUGACAUCAAUCAUCUAGGAGACGCUCUGAGAGGCCUUGGCCUAAAUCCCACCGUUGGCGAUGUGACAAAAAUUAGAAAGGAGAUAGAUCCGUCAAAUACAGCAAGAAGGGUUAGUUUCGACGAGUUUUUACCAAUGUAUCAAUCUAUUCUUCAAAAAGAAAAGAAAAAGAAGCUAUCCAAUGAUGAUUUUGUGGAAUGCUUUCGUGUUUUUGAUAAAGAUGGUACUGGCCUGAUUACAGCUGGGGAACUCCAUCAUGUCCUUACCACACUUGGGGAGCGUCUUGCGCCUGCAGAUAUUGAUCUCCUAACUCAAGGACUCGAAAACAAACAAGGCCAGGUCAACAUAGAGGAUUUUGUUCGUGCAGUUGUGGACGGUUAA